AUGGCUACGUCAAAGCCACCAACACACGUGGUCUUUGAGACAACUGUAGGCAAUUUUACAAUGGAAUUGUACUCGGAGCACGCACCAAAAACCUGUUGGAACAUUGCUGAGCUCGCACGACGUGGUUACUAUAAUAACACGAUUUUUCAUCGUAUUAUUAAAGACUUUAUAAUCCAAGGUGGAGAUCCCACGGGUACAGGAAGAGGUGGAGAGUCCAUUUACGGAGCAAAAUUUGAUGAUGAAAUUUCCAAAGAGCUGAAACAUACGGGAGCUGGUGUGCUGUCAAUGGCAAAUUCAGGACCUAAUACUAAUGGUAGUCAAUUUUUUAUUACAUUGGCACCGACACCAUGGCUUGAUGGUAAACACACGAUAUUUGGACGGAUUUCGUCGGGAAUGAAAGUAAUACAGCGCAUGGGCAUGGUACCAACCGGUGCCAAUGACAGACCGCGCGAGGAGAUCCACGUCAAGCGUGCAUAUCCGAUUUCUCAAUAG